UGAACAUGGAACUUGAAGAUAUAGCAAAAAUAAAGCGGAUUCUCCUGCAGCUAGAAAGUGCUAUUGACGAUGUAAAAUUCUUACCAAAUAAAAACGGAUUCACGGCAGAUGGAAGCUACAUAUUUGAGUUGUUUGCAAAGGCUCAAAUCACAUUCCAAACCCAGAAUGCUCUCCUUGAAUCCCUGGAACAAAUUACGCAGUAUUUAGCUGGCCGUUCUGGGAUAUUCACUAACACCGCGGGACUGCAUAAAUUUGCAGAUGUAAUUCAGGUAAGCUUUUAG